AUGGACCUGGGGUACUUUGCUCUCACCUUUCCGCCAGGGCUGUGCCGCGGUGCCCCGCAGGCCCCGUUUCCCCAGCGAGGGGACGACGCCUUCCUGGCGCUGGGCACCACGGCCAGCGCCGCGUCUCCCCCGCAGGCGCUGGGGUACGCGGCCGCUGCCCCCGCGGCGCCGGGCCCCGGCUACCGGCCGUCCCGCGGAGCCGGACCGCUGGGCUUCGCUACGUCCAUCCUUCCCGGGAGCGGCCGCUCGCCGCCGCCGGACCCCGAGCGCCCCUGUCCCUGCCUCGGCGCGGGCGGCGGGGGGCUGCGGCACCUCUCGCCCUGCCCCGGGGCCGCCCCCGCGCCUGGCUGCCCGGCUCCCGCGGCGGCCCCGGCGGCGCCCCGCACCUUCGAGUGGAUGCGAGCGAAGCGGAGCCCGCCCGGGAGAAGCGGUGCGGCGCCGUACGGGAGGGAACCUCCCGCCUGCUCCGCACGCACCAGCUUCAGCACCCGGCAGCUCACGGAGCUGGAGAAGGAGUUUCACUUCAGCCGGUACCUGUCGCGGGCUCGCCGCCUCGAGGUGGCCCGCUCGCUGCGCCUCCGCGACGCCCAGGUGAAGGUCUGGUUCCAGAACCGCCGCAUGAAGCAGAAGAAGCGGGAGCGGGAGGCGCUGGCCGCCCCCGCCGCCGCGCCCGCGGCUGUCCCGGGCGGCUCCGCCUGA